AUGGCGGUUCCAUCUGAAGAAUUCUCCGUGAAUGCGAAUGAAGCGGUCCAUGUCGCAAUCGUUCAGCCUGGCCCAAACAACAAACUCACGACCAGACAUGACUUCCAUCCCCAAUUUACAUAUCCUAUCGUCGGUGAAGCAGAACAGAUCUUCGGCUACAAAGGUCUAGACAUCGAGAUCCAGUUCGCGGCGCAUGAUUUGCGCCCUCAUGUCAAAGUCUCGUAUGAUAAAAAAUUCAGCACUGUUGGCACCACAAGCGCUCUCGAUCUCAACAAAACCUUCGGCAAUUUCUUGCCUCCGAUUGCAUUUCAAUCAGGUUUCGAGUCGGAAGUGCAGGUUGAUGCGACUGCAGCAAACUGGACUCCUCCUGGAGUUUGCAUGAAGAAGUAUACAAAAGAUGGACAGAACUAUGAGGUGUGGGCUGGUUCCCUGCUUGAUAUGCCAAUGCGCACUCUGGUCGACAACAUUCAGAUCCUCAUUGUCUUCUUCAUCGAAGGUGGCCAGUUCAUUAACUUGGAGGAUGUCGACUGGACGUUGGAUAGAUGGAGGGUGUAUUUAUUGUACCAGAAAGACCCUCUCGCGCCUACUCCCACUGCAUCUCGAUACUCAUUCGUCGGCUAUGCGACAACGUACCGCUUCUACAAAUUUCAGAAACCAAGAUCGCAGCGAGACCACAUCCCAGCCUUUUCGUUUCCGCCCUCGGAGUCAAUUACUCCUACCAAAUUGUCAUCCCGACUCAGAAUAUCACAGUUUGUGAUUACACCUCCUUUCCAUCGGUCCGGUCACGGCUCGGCUCUGUAUCAAGCCAUAUACGAUGAGGUCAUGGCUGAUCCGACGAUUUUGGAAAUGACAGUGGAAGAUCCCAGCGAGGAAUUCGACAAAUUACGAGACAUGAAUGACUUUGAUGUGCUUGAACCACAAUUGAAAGCAGCUGAUGUCAAGAUUAACUCCUCGCCCUUUGUGUCUGUGGAACGGGGUCGCCUGAAAUCGGUGCCGACUGCCACUCUACUCCCUCUUGAAAAGUUGGAGGCCAUCCGAUCCACCAACAAGAUCGCCAGUCGGCAAUUUGCGCGUAUGGUUGAGAUGUAUCUUCUUGCUCAGAUACCUCUUGCACAUCGCGCUGCCGGUGGCGCGUCCCUGACCAGUCUCAAGAUUCGGGGGGCCAGAGCUCCAAACGCCGACGAUCGGAAUUAUUACUGGUGGCGUCUCUUGUUGAAGCAGCGUAUCAUCAAGAAGAACAAAGACUUACUUCAGCAAAUCCCACUCGAAGACCGCAUCCCGCAAAUUGAAGACAGUGCCCGUGCACAAGAAGACGAGUACGAAGGUCUCCUUCUCGCCUAUGCACUGAGGAGAGAAAAGGAAGCCAACCGACGUGGAAAUGGAGAAGCAUCCCUUGCAGCUCGCAAGAGGAAGGUUAUUGAGUCGGACGAGGAGGAAUCGGAUGGUGCCAGUACUGCAUCAAAGAAGCCAAAAGUUUGA